UGUAACGUGGAAUUUCUGAAAAAUUUAAAAUUUUACAAAAAAUAUUAGGAACUAAAUAAAGUGUUGGAGGAAUGAAUGUAGGAGGUAAGUUACAUUGUGACUUGCCCAAGGCAAGUUACUGAAUCCCUGUCCCCAUUCCAUGGCGCUGUGAGCUUGUCAAUUGCAGCUGCUGGCAAAACAACAACCGCAUUUACAUCCACCCCGAAGCAGGGACGCAGCAGCUUUUGCGCCUUGUACUCUCCUGCUCGUCGCCUCCAUCCUCCCUGCUUCACCGCCACCGCAACAAGCCAAGCCAAGCCACUGCGCGGCUGCGCCAAGAAAGAGGGAUGCCGCCGGCGCUGCGCCUGCUCGUCGCGACGGCGCUGCUGCUGCUGUCGUCGUCGGCGGGGGCGCAGGAUUCGUGUUGGUCGGGGCCGGCGCCGCUGCGCGGGGCGUGGAUGUCCGUGGCCAGCUUCGGCGCGCGCGGGGACGGGCAGACGCUCAACACGGGCGCGUUCGCGCGCGCCGUGGCGCGCAUCGAGCGCCGCCGCGGCGCGCGGGGUGGCACGCUGCUGUACGUGCCGCCCGGGGUGUGGCUCACGGGCCCCUUCAACCUCACCUCCCACAUGACGCUCUUCCUCGCCCGCGGCGCCGUCAUCCGCGCCACCCAGGACACGUCGAGCUGGCCGCUCAUCGACCCGCUGCCGUCGUACGGGAGAGGGCGCGAGCUGCCUGGCGGGAGGUACAUGAGCUUGAUCCACGGCAAUGGUCUCCAAGACGUCUUCAUCACAGGUGAGAACGGCACCAUUGACGGCCAAGGCAGCUUGUGGUGGGACAUGUGGAAGAAGCGCACGCUGCCCUUCACGAGGCCGCACCUGCUGGAGCUCAUGUACUCCACCGACGUCGUCGUCUCCAACGUCGUCUUCCAGGACUCGCCGUUCUGGAACAUCCACCCGGUUUACUGCAGCAAUGUAGUAAUAGCGAACGUGACUGUGUUGGCACCACAUGACUCCCCAAACACUGAUGGCAUCGAUCUAGAUUCAAGCAGCAAUGUCUGCAUUGAGGACUCCUACAUUUCCGCGGGCGAUGACCUGAUUUCCAUCAAGAGUGGCUGGGACGAGUACGGCAUUGCUUUUGGCCGUCCAAGCUCUGGCAUCACCAUCCGAAGGAUAACCGGGUCCGGGCCAUUUGCUGGCUUUGCAGUUGGAAGCGAGACAUCUGGUGGCGUGGAGAAUGUUCUUGUCGAGCACCUGAAUCUCUUCGGCAUGGGUGUUGGGAUCCAUAUCAAGACCAACUCAGGAAGGGGAGGAUUCAUCCGGAACAUCACCGUCUCUGAAGUGACCUUGAAUGGAGCUCGGUAUGGUUUGAGGAUCGCCGGUGACGUUGGGGGCCACCCUGAUGCGUCCUACAACCCAAGUGUGCUUCCUGUUGUCAACAGCGUGACGAUUAAGAAUGUUUUGGGUCAGAACAUCCGGCAGGCUGGGCUGAUAAGGGGCAUCAGAAACUCGGUUUUCAGUAACAUAUGCCUCUCAAAUGUAAAGCUCUAUGGGAGUGCAUCCAUCGGGCCAUGGAAAUGCCGAGCUGUUAGUGGUGCCGCACUUGAUGUGCAGCCAUCACCAUGUACAGAGCUGGCUAGUACAUCUGAGACAGGUUUCUGUACAAGUUAGCUCUGAUUUCUGCCAAGUGAAUCUUGCUAUUCUCAGUUUUGCUAAGGCAUAGAAAUUCUCCUAUACCAAUAAACAUGUCAGCAUUUCUCCUUUUUGUUCAGCAGAAAUGGUUACUGAUUAACUGGAACUGUAACGGAACCAAUGAUCUGCAGUUAUCCGUUGAUUCAUUA